AGCAGGCGGGCACGGAGCAGGGAAGCGCUCUGGUCCCUUUGAGAGUGGGUUUGUUUGGGAUGGGAAACGUUAGCAAAGCGGCGCGGAGAUCGCCCAGGUAAGGGGGUGGGGGUGGGGGCAGACCCCAGCGGCCGGUGACGCUGAGGGUGUGAAUCCGGCCUCACCAAUUGAAGGCUGUCCUGUGACUUUGGGACGGGAGGGCAGAGCUGACGAGGGGGAUCGCUCUGAACAGGUUCCCUUUGUAAACUCUCAGUUUGUGGCAAGCACUUUGAAGAGCUAAAUGCGGCGUUGCACUCUCUGCUGAGUGCGUCGGUUGAAUCUGCCCUGCUCGUUCACCCCCCCCUCUCCACCUCGACAACCUGCCGGUCUGAGCGGUGCAAGAUGCUCAACAGGAACCAGCGGGCCGUGCCUGCACCCUGGGCCGCCCUGGAGCGCCGCAGAGCCGGGGAGAGGCUGCGGGCAGCGCUGGCGGGGCUGCAGGAACUGGAGCAUCUGCGGGAGCGGCAGAGGGAGCUGGUCAAGAGGGCGCUCGGCACCGACCCUGCCCCGGACCAGUCCGGCGCCGAGGAACAGCGGCUCGAAGCCACUCUGAGCGCCCUGAAGGAACAACUGUCACAUUUAAGAAGACAGGAUGUGGGGCUGAAAGUUCACUUGCAACACUUGGACCGACAAAUUAGCGAGCUGAAGCUGGACGUGAGCAAGGCAUCCUCUGAGCAGCUGGAGAGUGACAGCAGGCCAAGUUCAGGGUUUUACGAGCUGAGCGACGCGGGCUCCUGCUCUCUGUCCAACUCCUGCACCUCCAUGUACAGCGACUCCACCUCAUCAUCACAGGGCAGCCUGGUCUACAGUGGCCAUGUCGGGCAGCCCAAGGGCAGCCGGCCGGAGAGCCGGCCAAGGUCGGCCGAUGAGAUCACCGUGCAAUCGGCAAGCUUCCCCCAGCAGGGGGCCGGCAAGCGGCCUGGCAGAGGGAUCAAGACCACCGCCGAGCCGGCACUCCACCUGCACAAUGGGAGGCUGGGGUUCAUCCGGACAAGACCAGUUUCCACAGGUGACUUGGAGAGGUUUGUACCUCAGCCGAGAGAGCCUGCAGCCGGCUAUGAACUGAAGGGAGUUCGGACUGUAGAUACGGAUGACUGGAAGUAUCAGUGUGACCUGGUAUCCAAGGACAGUGGCGACGUUUACAACUACCCCAGCCCCCUCCACGCGGUCGCUCUGCAGAGUCCCUUGUUUAGCCUCAGCGGCAGGAUACUGAGUGUGGAAAAUAAGCGAAGCCUAUCGGGCACCACACUGCCUGCUCCAGAAGGCAAGCCAAGUCCGCUUGAAGCCAGGCUUGGCUGCUUGAACAAACAAACUGAACCAGUCCAAUGUCCAGUUGCCCGGGUUAGUGUGAGCGGUGGUCCUGAGACGAGUCCAAAUGCUGCGGUAUUUGCGAAGGAGUUGGCAUGUCCUGGUGAUGUCAUGAAGGAUAACCGCGUCAAUAGCAAAAUCAACGGGCCACACAAGAAGGUGUCGUCCCUGCACUGGGGUGACCGUCAGCAAAGUGCAGGAGAAGGAGUUGCUAAGGCUAAACUAAGUCGCCCGCAGCAUACUGGCAAUGUGAACAUCUCGGCCUCAACCAAUUGGUUGGUAGGGGAUUCUAAGUCUGCCAGCAGUAAUUGGCAAUGCAGGCACGUAGCAAAAGACUCACUCACCACAGGCUCCUGUGCGGGUCUGCCCACAACUUGUAGAGCAGGGUGCCGUUCUGGCCUACCCAUGGCCCAUGGAGCAGGAUCCGGUUCGGGCCUACCUACCGCAGAUGGAACAGGCUCCUGCUUGGGCUUAUACAUGGCUCACGGAGCAGACUCCUGCUCAGGCCUACCCACUGCACACAGAGCAGGUUCCUGCUCAGGCCUACACUUGGCCCACAGAGCAGGUUCCUGCUCAGGUCUACCCAGAGCUCAUGUAGUAGGCUUUGGCUCGGGCCUACCCAUCGACUGUGGAGCAGGCUCCUGCUCAUGCAUACCCAGGGGCCACAGAGCAAGCUCCGGUUCGAGCCUAUCCAUGGCUUGUGGAGCAGGCUCCUGUUCGGGCCUACCCAUGGCCCACGGAGCAGGCAGCUGCACUGGUCUGGUUGACUUGUCCAGUGGCAGACAGAGGACUAGCAGGGAUACUGACUCCCCCAGCACCAAUGUAUUGCACAGGUCCGGCCGGGACAAAUCACUGGGCAUGGGACGGACACGUGUGGAGGGCUUGCCAAAGGAUUGCUUUGUGCAGGCCCGUUUUGUGGCCCCAGAGUCCCAGCCGCGAGUUCAGGUGUGGCCAGAUGGCGGCAAGGCCAAGGUGACCAAGAUCAAAAGUAAGGGCGGAGACGCAGGGCGGUGUGGGUGGAGGCCACAGGCUGGAAUAACUGCUGAGGGGAGUCGGGGUCACGGUUCCUCUGGCCCGGAGCCAGUCUGCCAAAAGCGUUUCGAAUCAAAUUUCCACCUAGCUGGUGGCGGCCCGGAGCUGUGCCAUGAUCCGGGAGCCAGAAUGGCGUUGGAGCGCCGCGGUUGUAGGGGCACCCUGCGGCUCAGGGCGGGGAGGCCCCACAGGGCCCGUGCCUCUGGUCGCCGGCGAGGGCUCGGCUGCCGGCCCGGUUGCCGUAGCGAUUCGGAGCAGUCGGAGUACUCGGCGGAGUGCGCCUCCCUCUCCACUAUCGGGGGGAGCAGCGUGGACGGGGUCAGCGACCACACGGCCCUCCGCUUUGCGGAUGGCGAGUCCAGCGGGAGCGAGCUGGGGCCCACAGCCGAGCGGCCUGGAGGAAGCCCACUCCUCGGGCCCCGGGGCCUGCGCCCCAGCCAAUCGCCCCCAAACACUGCCCGCAGCCGCCGCUCGGAGGCCAGGAUCUGCCGGGUAAAAGCCUCGAGAGCACUGAAGAAAAAGAUCCGGAAAUUUCAACCCGAGGCCUUAAAGGUUAUGACCAUGGUGUAAGGGUAUGACCUCUCAAUGUGUCCCAUGGAGAUCCCAUGCUGGCUACUGUUGUCCCAGGGAACAAAAGCAAUGACUUUACAAAAGAGAUGGAUGUCCAUUCCUGAACUGUGAUCGACCUUUGCUAUAAACCACUGGACCCGUUGCCAGCGAUUAAAUGUUCCUGGCCCUUUGUAUAAUAAUUAUUGCUCUGAUUUCAACUGUUGCAAGGUGCAUUGUUUAACAAUAUAAAUAAAAAAAUUUCUUCGAUGUCA